AUGGAAGCUGACACACCAGGGCUCGGUGCCGAGCCAUCGCAGAAAAGCGCCAGCAAAUCCCCGGACGAUCAGGUGCAGGAUGCCCUGGAGUCCAUCCUGUCCAAGAAAAAUCUGGUCCGAGACCAGUUCUUGGCAAGCAAGAUGAACCCACAGAUGUACAUCCCCAUCGCCGUGUUGCUUGUGCACCAUCGUUUACAAGCUCUUGGUGCGACUCAUGACCAGGUGGCAGCUGCAGCUGCAAAGUCCAAGCGCCUGGGUGUGGACGACCAGAGAACCAUGGUGCGGCCUGUGCUCAAGUCCAAGCGAAAUGUUGUCAUCCUCCGUGAUCUGCCAGAGGGGACAACAGAGGAAGAGAUCAUGCAGCUUCUGGCAUCCGGGCCGUAUGCCGAAAACGUUGUUAGUGUCAAGCCCGAGGUGAACAACACCUGGUUUGUGAAAUUCAACGUAGACGAUGGUGCGCAAGACGUCGUUCUCUGGCUUCGUUCGCAGUCCUUCAAGGGGAAGCCGCUGAAUGCUGCCAUCAAGUCCGAGCACUUUCUCCGCAGCUUCUUCCCAGUGAAUGCGAACUUGGGCUUCGUGCCUCCAGGGUUGCCCCCAAUGGAGCAAGCAGAUGGCAUGAACGUGCCGGACAUGCUCCAAGGCUUCCCUUCAGCCCAGUUCGGAGGGAAGGGCCUGGGAUAUGGCGGCCCAGAUCUCCCGCCUCCGGGUAUGGGCCAUCCGCUAGGGAUGAUGAUGCCACCGGAGGUGCCUCUCAUGCAGCCGUUGCAGUACGGGCUGCAGGGCCCAGGCUUCUGGAAGCCGUGGGGAUCUCGCUUCAAGCAGCCUCCACUCGUUCUGCCUGCCAACGGUCUGGAGGCGCUGAGUCUGCGGUCGGCCAAAAUUGGCUCUGGUGGUGAGGGCGUACGAUCUAGGCUCCUCCUUGAGCGCAUUGAUGAAUUUCAGGAGCUCCCGCAGGGCAAGUUCGGCAAGGGGGGCAAGGCGGUGCAGGCCCUGCAGCGCUUCGUGCAGCUUAGGCCGCAGGGCGGGCAGCUCCUGUCGUCGCCCCUCCGGGGGCUGAUGCGGCACCUGGUGACGAAGAAGGCAGAAGGCGGCCGCGGAUCCGAAAGCCUUGCGUUUGCCUGUAGCCGCGCGGGUCUGCAGGUACUCUGCCGCUUGCAUGAGUACGUCAGUCUCACCUGGCAUGCCCAGAUGAAGAACCCAAGCUACAGAGAGCCUGUACACUACCGGAAUGCAAAGGGCAGGAAUCCGACGGGAAAAGGUCCAGAACCUGCGGCUGGCCUAGAGAGCUGCGCCCAGCAGGGCGAGAACGGAGACACGGCAGAGGUCGAGAAGCCGACCGAUGUUGAGGCUGCGGAAGUCGUGGAGGACCUUGACGCCGUCAAAGAGGAUCCGAAGCCAAAGCGCCAGCGGCGCAAUCGAUGGGGUCAGGAACCAGAAGCUCCGCCUAUGCCGAGCGCUGAUGACCUGGCACUUGCACCAUUGAUGAGCAUGGACACCGCAGCUCUGGGUCUUCUGCCAGUGCAGCCUGGGAUGGGAGCCACGCCUGGUGCCGGGGCAUCGCUGGACCUGUCGGCUGCAGCACAAGCUGCCCGAGAAGCCCUUGAAAAGGCGAAAAGGGCGGCAAUGUUCCAGCGUCAGAUCCAAGAGCAGAUGGCGAAAAUCAAGGGCCAAGGCCUUGGUGGAGGCUUCAUGGGUGCAGAAGCGCCGAAGGCGAGAAAGCUGAUCCUCGAUGAAUUCGGCCGUGAGCUGGACGAGGAUGGACAGGUCGUUCCCAUGAAGCCACAGGUGGUCAGCACACUCAAAGUGAACAUCAACCGUGAGAAGGAGGCCAGGCUAAAGAAGAUCCUGGGCCUGAAGAAGGACGCUGCCGGGGGUGAGAGCUCAUACUUCGACUCGACCCUCAAGGUGAAGGAAAGAUUCGAGCGGCAAAAGCGACGAAACUUCAGGUUCAUUGAGGAGGGUGAACUUGUGAAGAAGGAGCAAAAGAUGAUCAAGAAAGUUCAGGAGAAGGCCCUGGGUAUCGACAAGAAGGACGACAAGAAGAAGAAGGAGGAGGAGCAGAAGAAGCAGGAGAAGAAGCAGGAGGAGGAGGAAAAGGAGCAGCCGGUCAAAAAAAUCGAGCCCAAAGUCAUGAGGAGAGAACCCAUCCCCGAUGUCGAGUGGUGGGACGCUCCCUUCCUCAAGGAAGAUCAGUAUGGGCAGAGGAGAACCUACACCGAGGUGAAUGUGGAGAGGAUCACUCCAUAUGUGGAGCAUCCGAUCCCCAUCAAGAUCACCACGGAGAAGGAGGCACCAGAAGCUGCCAUGAUGCACCUGACGCCCAAGGAGCGAAAAAAGCUCAGACGCUUGAAGCGUCAGGAGCGAACACAGGAGAUUCGCGACAAGAUUAAGAUGGGUAUCCUGCAGGCCCCGCCGCCGAAGGUCAAAAUGGCGAACCUGAUGCGAGUCCUGGGAGACGAGGCCAUUGCUGACCCCUCUACGGUUGAGCGGAAAGUCAGGCAGGAUCUGAGGGGACAUCCAUCAAACAGAAAUCUCCGGCAAGAACAUAUGAAGUCACCAUGA